AUGUCGACGGCACCACUGUCGUUAGAAAAUCUUGAAAGAGUUGCAGGAUUAAAUAAAAGGGAAGUAAUUUAUACAAAACUACUCGAUUAUGAGCAGGAACUCCGACGAUUAAGCAAGACAUUUCGAGAGAGCUCUGUUCAAAGCUUCGUAGACCCAAUACAUACUUUAAUUAGACAGUAUGGAAGCUAUAUAGGAUAUCCUACAAGAAAUUUAUUAUCAGGUUGUGUAAUUGCACUACUAGAAGGAUUUGAAGGAUAUCAAAUUAAUCGUGUAUUGGUUGGAUUUGUUGACAAUAUAAUCGAAAAGAAGGAUAACAUUGAGAUUUUAAAUAACUUAUCGGUUCUAGGAAAUUGCUUACACGCUUAUGGUCAAACCAUAAAUCAGCAAGAGACUUUCGUGAAGGUUUUUCUUAAAUACUCCAAGAAUAAUUAUCCUCAUGGCCUUCGUGUUUGUGCUCUUCGAGGUCUUUCGGAAAGCAUUCAACACGCUGGGAAUAACUUUGGCGAAGACUUGUUGAAAGAGGUUUGGAAGUCUGUAAAAUCCAAUCUGGGAAGUUCUUCGUUGAACGUUAUUCUUUCAGCUUUAAUUGGUGCUUACAAUUUGCUUCUUCAUUCUUCUUUGCGAAAUUCGGAUUUGGAAUGGCUAAAAUCUUAUUUAUUUAAGAAAUGCGUGACGGAAAACUCGGCUUUGCAAAGUGUGUUGGCCAAAUGCUUCACGGCUAGCACCAUGUUGCAAGCGCACCGCCAGAUUGAAGCUUUAAAAGCUGCUUCUUCUCCUUCCGUUGCUGAUGAAGAAAAAAAUGAGGAUUCUGGUAAUACUUCAACACUACAGCGAAUUGAUGAAUCUGAUGAGUUCAGCAAGGUUUUGCGAAUGCUCCUUGAACUUUACAACCACAAAUACGCGAAAUCUGAGGCUUCCAGAGGCGUAAUAGCUCUUGCUAUUAAACACUUUUUCCUUUUACAGGAUUCAUCAAAAGUAAGGACGAAUUAUUCUCUCAUCUUAGAUGUUCUGCUCAACUCCACGCUUAAUUCUUCCUUGAACGAAUGGCUUUCUGCUUUGGAAGAACAACAUUUUACAUUCCUUCUGCGCGACGUGAUUAAUUCGCGGUUUCUGGAUCAAAGUUCCGAAAUCCAGGCUUUGGAAUUGCUUUUGUCUAAAAUUUUAGAGCCAUUCGUAGAAGAUCAAACAAAAAUACCAAUUACACUAGUUCAGGCUACGUUUUCCUCUAUUGCUGGUAUUCUGGCAAAUUUGAAGGGUUCUGUUACUCCUCAUCAUAGUAACUUCCUCAGGGUACUUUUUGAUAUUGUUAGCUUGGGAAAUGACAGGUUGAAAAAUAAUGCUGCUUGGUGUUUGCGAUGUUUACUUAUAGUGAUGCCAGACCCCAUAAUGCCAACACUAUUAUCACUUUAUGGAAAGCUAGAAAACGAACUAAAGUCGAUGCGUUCGAGAACGAAAGAGUCCAAGAUCAAACCAAACAGCGGAAUUUUGGAUAAUAUAACUCUGGCUUUAGUUUCAUGUUAUGUCGCCGCCGAAAAAAAUCCAUUGUAUGUUUCAUCUUUCAUUUUUUCAAAAUUGUUCAACUUUUCUCUCGAGCUUAUACGGUCUUCCACGAGUUUGGACUUGUUUACAGCUCAAGCUCAGUUAAAAGUUGGAUGGCGUUUAAUGACAUCCUAUGUUUCGUUUGGUCCUUCUUUUACUAGAAUGCAACUUUCACAGUUGUUCGUUUUGUGGAAGAAUGCCCUUCCGCGCGUGUCUUCUAAUAUUCACUCUCAAAACUUUAUGGAAUCUAAUGCUGACUUAUUUACUCGCUUCGAGGCUCUUCAGUGUCUUUUAGCAUUUUUGAAGUAUAAUAGGGUUCUCUUGACACCUGAUGUACGAAAGCGUAUAAUUUUAUUCCUUACGAAUUGCUUGAAGUUCUAUAAAUCUUUUUAUCUUACCAAAAAGUUGGAACUUCAAACAGUUAUUCAUUAUUCCGACUAUUCUCAUAGUGAGUUACGUACACUGCUUUUAUCGAAAAUAUUCCAAUGUUCCCUAGAACUUAUGAACAUUAAUGGCGUGACCUUAGACGAUCAAGAGUUGCUGUCAACAUGUGUCUCGAUAGUAGCAGAACUCUCAUACCUCCAAUAUCUAGAUGAUGAUACUCAUCAACGCAGUUAUUCUUCGAAAAUAAUCCCGGGUUUAUUUUCUUCAUACUACUCCGGAAAAAGCGAUGACGGUAACCAUAUUACUGAAGGACCAACACCUUACUUAAUAGGGGAUGCGACGACUGAUAUGCUUUUCCUGUUUUCUAACUCAGCCAAUUUUUCUUUCCCGUUUGUUCGUCCUAUUGCAACUGCAGUGGUAGAUAGUGCAGUCAUACUAUUUUCUCUAAUAUUUUGUUAUCAACCGCCAAAGGUUAUGGAAAGUACGUUAGAAAUUUUAAUCUCCUCCGUCUCCAACACAAGCAACAUAAGGGAUUUAUCCAAGGAAAAAGCCAUAUCUACUAAUGUUCUGUUUUCAAUCCACGGGGCUUUGAAGGUUUUCUGUGAAAAGAAGCUUUCUUUAUCGAGUAAGGUUGUUUCGCUUGUCAUUGAAUUAUUGGAUAUGAAUUCCAAUUCUGAUGAUAUUACGAUAAUCCGGUUAUUUGCAGAAUCUUAUUCAUUUUUGGCUUUGCUUUGUCAAAAAAAACCGACAUUUGUUCUUGAUGUUCUCAUACAACGCGCUGCUGAAUCUGGAAAUCCAAAUUGUAGGGCAACAUCAAUAAUGGGUGUCGGGCACACGUUGGCUAAAUUGGGUUCCGGGAUCUCUCAAGCAUUUUUGGUAAAAGUAUAUCAACUGCUCAAAAUUUUCAAUGCUGAUUCCAAUGAUAUCGUUAGGAAUUGCUCCAUAGAAGCUUCUUUCGUGUCAUUGGGUACAAUUGCGAAAACCAUACCAAGCGUUUUAACUGGUCAAAUGGGAAUACUCCUUGGUUAUAUGAUUUCAGCAGAUGUCGAUAUAGAAAUGUUACUUUUGAAAAGAAAAACCGAUUUGGUGUAUCCCACACAUUUAUUCAUUGAAUAUCUUGAUUGCUUGAUUAAUGAGUUGGGCCCCACAUUGAGAAGUAACUCUUCCGACUCUUACCUUGCAUACAACAUUUCCCGUGAGUUGUUGCGUUUUGCUGGGGACGAUAAUGAUAACAUCACUCGAGUAUACAAGUGUUACCAGCAUUUGUAUCUGUUCACACCGCUUGAUUUGAACUCUGGAAUUUUUAUUGAUAAUUUAUUGAAAAAUAUAAUUGAUGUUAAGCAUCCCGUGAUUCGCGAAUCAGCUAUUGAGGUUUUAUAUCAAAUUCUACUUCAGAACCAAUCUUUUUCAGAAACUUGCUAUAAAAGGCAUCUGGACAAGCUUAUUUGGCAAUCUAUAGAUGCCACACCCGAAAACAAGUUCUUGAAAAAUAUAGUGCAUAUAUGGUUAAAGGAUUUCAAAGAAAGCGAUAUUUCCUGGUGGGUAAAUAUCCUUUUGUAUUUAAAUGGUAUAAAAGGAAAUUUUAAUUUCGAAAGGUCUUUUGAGAAUGAAACAUAUUACAGCUUGGAUGAGGACACUGUUUCGCUUGCUAAUUCCCUUGUUACUACAGCUGGCAAUAAAAACUAUCGCUGGCAAACCCAGCUGUUUGCAUCCUCAAUUCUAAAUACAUGCAUAUCCGACGUAAUGUCUACCAGCUCGGAUGCUUCUCGAUACUUAAUUUCGAGGAUUUCAGAUUUGAUACGUUUGGCUUUCAUCCUAUCUACUUCCGAUAAUUUCUACCUAAAAGAAAGCGGACUUAAACUUUUAGAUACUUUGAUAGUGAAUUUCCAAACCGUUAAGGACCCGGAUUUCGAAGAUAUCCCCUUAUUAGAUCAAUUUCAGGCGCAGAUUAGCUCUGCUUUUACUUCGUCAAUAACUGAAGAGUCCUCACCAAAAAUUGUCUCUCUAGCAUUGAAUAUUGGCGCCAAUUUCAUCGGAACAGGUCUUCUUCCAAAUGCUAGCCAAGCGAAUCGUGUAGUAAAUAUGUUAAAACAUGCACUUGAUGCUACCUUUUCUGAAAAUCAUAAUGAGAACAAUAAGCAAUUUCAGAACGAUUCGAUUUACGUACUACGGGUAACCACACUAUCAGCCUGGGCGAUUUUGUAUGGUUAUUCCCGUAAAAUUGACUACCUGAAAGAAAUAGCUUCUCCUUAUUUAAGACGCUUUGCUGCGCAUUGGGUGGUAUCUUUGAGAGGUUAUUCACGCCUUCGGUUUGGACCUAGCUUACUCAAAGACUUUGUUGCUGAUACUUCUUUUUCUCACACUCAGAAUAUAAACCCUAAAAUCCUUCUAGAUAUAUAUGAGACAACAUGGUUGAACAUUGCUGAAGCGUUGACUUUGCUUUUGAACGAAAAUUCUGAUCUUGUCUAUGGGAUUUUAAACGGAGAGGAAUUGACAUUAUCAGGAGAGGAUAUAUUUUUCCAUGACAGUAUAAAUUAUACGAAUGAUAAGCACUCGUUUAAUUUUUUUGUUUUUAGUAUUUGCUUUCAGUCGUUACUUAUUCCUAGCACCUUACAAACUUUUGAUAAACCUGUUUUACGAAUUAUGAAAAUCAUGACUGCAAUAUUGACUGAAGAUCUAUGUACAAAAGUACUUUAUGAUACCAAUGUUUUCCCAGAGGUUAUUGAUCUUCUGAUUAGACUCAUACUUACAGAAGAUUGGGAAACAAAGAUAAGUAUCGUUCUUUUUGUCAAAAAAUUAGCGUUGACGAAUCCUGAACAUUCCAAAUUGAAAGAGUGCGAAAGUGAUUCUGUUACUUCUCUAGAGCCUUCUGUAUCGGAAGGAGUUGAGCAGUUAUUUGACUUGGUCAAAAUAUUAAUUUUGGCUUUAACCGUCAGGUUACCAGGACUACGAUCAAAUUCUGUAUAUUCCGCUGGGAAUGAGAAGUCGAGCCACUUUAUUAUACUAUGCUUUGACUCCUUUCUGGAACUUGCCAAUAUUUUUCCCACCAUUGUUAGGGUGGAUCUAUUUGCGACUGCUUUACAUGUUUAUGAAGUCAUUCUUGAUGAUCCUUCCCUCCUUAAAUACUCGAAACAUGAACUUUUAGCUGUUCUUCGAAAAUUGUUGAGUACAAUGGUUACGCAAGAUAAUUCUAUAUGUUCUACCUUGUGUUAUACUUUAUUUGAGCAUCUCUAUUCUAUGCUUGAAGACAAAGAACAAUUACAAAGUAAAGACAAAAAAGAAAUCAUACUUCUGAGUAUGGUUCUCGUCCUUACGAUAGCAGCACCUCUUCUAGAUGGAGAGCAGCUUAUAAUCCAAAACUUUAUAACAACUCUUUUCGGUCUCUUGAAAUCGACGGAGGGUUUCCAAACGGCUGCAAAAUGCACUUCAUCUUUAUUGUUGGCAAACAGCAAACAUGACACGAUGAAAGCAUUGUGUCGCAAAAUUAUUUUCGAUUCUGUUGCAAUGCUUCAAAAAGGUGAAAUAGCUCACAGCGGCGGGUACCUUGAAAGUUUUGUACCGGCCUUAAUGAGUAUGUAUCAAUACAUCGAUAAGACGAAAAAAACUGCUUAUCUUAACCUAGCUCUCCCUAUAAUCGGACAUUUUGGAGUAAUGAUUGAGAAUCCUGAUGUCCAUACGAAAAUUGGAAAUUUGUUGCUUAGCAUAUUUUCAAAAGAGCCAGAAAAGACAAAAGAUAUUCUACAACAACUUACCACUGCACAAAGGAAAUGCAUUGAGAAUUUUGUUAUGCAAACUCGACAGGAAUAG